CCAACCCCACCGCCCGCUCAUUCAAACUCCAGUUCGAGCUCUCCUCUGGUCCAGCAUACGCCACAAACGCACUGAUCCGAGGAGAUGUCGUCACUCGCUCCCGAGGAGAGCCGCUGCAACGGCGUCGAUGAGAAGCAGUCGAGGAACUCCAUUCUAACUGAAUGGAUUGGUAUGGGGAGAAGCGGACCACACGGCACGGCUAAGCGGCAGCUUUUGGACUGUGUUACCUUGACGAUGGUUCUGCUCUCGCUGCUGUUUCGACCAGCGCACUGCCAGCAGUGUCGAAUCCAGCGCUGCAACACGGAGUACGUGGCGUCCACCUCGCCCUCUAGUGGCCUGCAGGAGGACGCGGCCCCGGACGUGGACUACUGCAUCGCCCUGCGGGCCUACGCCCUGUGCACCCGGCGGCAGGCGCGCAGCUGCAGGGGCGACCUGGUCUACCACUCGGCCGUCUUCCGCAUCAAGGAGCUGUUCAAUCUGCACAACUGCUCCAGCGACGGGCCCACCUCCUCCGCCAAGGUGCCCAGCACGGGACGGCCCGCCGUGCCGGAGCUGUGCGACUACGAGAAGCGGGCUCUCGCGUCGGGCCCGGGCGGCCAGCAGAAGAAAUACGCCCACUGUGGAUUAUUCGGAGACCCGCACCUACGGACUUUCCGCGACGAGUUUCAGACCUGCAAGGUGGAAGGGGCGUGGCCUCUGAUUGACAACCGCUUCCUGUCGGUGCAGGUGACCAACGUGCCCGUCGUGUUCGGCUCCAGCGCCACGGCGACCAGCAAGAUCACCGUGAUCUUCAAGUCCUUCCACGGCUGCGCCGAUCAGAAGGUGUACCAGGCCACCACCGAAGAUCUGCCGCUGGCCUUCCAGGACGGGACUCGCAGCGGCGGCGAGAGCGGCAGCCUGACCAUCGCCGAGCGCGGCGGCGGCGGCGUCUCCGGGCUGGGCCGGCAGGUGAAGAUUCAGGCCCGUUACAUCGGCACGUCCAUCAUUGUCCGGCGCGUGGGCAGCUACCUGACCUUCGCCAUCCGCAUGCCGGAGGACACGCUGGACUUUUCCGAGGACAACGGCGGCCUGCAGCUCUGCCUGCACGGCUGCCCGCGCAACGAGCUCAUCAAGGAGCACACGCUGGGCCGCCAGAGCCUGCAGCCCCGACCGCAGGGCGCCGACGCGGAGCCGGGUCCCCUGCGGCCCCCGCACCAGGUCUACACGGUGGAGCGGGCCACGGCCAAGUGCCGGGAGACUCUGCAGGUGGAGGACGUGUACUUUCAGUCCUGCGUGUUUGACUUGCUGACCACAGGAGACCCGGAGUUCUCCAUGGCGGCGUACGGCGCCCUGGAGGAUUUAAAGGCGCUGCCGCCGAGCAAACUGAGGCAGAAUCCCGCGAGGACUCCCCGCCUCUACAACCGAGCGGCGGCCGGCGGCUCCGUGCUGCCGCUCCUGCUCGCCGCUCUGCUGCUUUUGUAAAGAAAUGAUGUAUAAAUGAUUUGACAAAAAGAGAAACCCGGAGACAAACGUGGAAAGCAGCUUGAGGAAAGAGAGCAGAGCUCCGACAUAUAUUUGUAAUUCUUUUUGGGGGUUUGUGAAUGUUGUGAUCUUUUUCAGUUUUUCUCAUUUUGAAGGAUUUCACACUGAUUAAAUGUUGUUGUUUUUGUCCCACUUGACAUUUUUUCCGUGGGCUUCAUGAGUGAUGUCAUCAGUUGAGGGUUCGGCCUCCGCUUCAUCAUGUUUCCUGCAGGGACGCAAAACGCCGCCUCCCGGGCUUCAAUCGCCUCUCUCCUUUUUUCACCAUACAUGUGUUUGCAUCCCAACCGUCAAACACUCCGCGCCGCGCACGUAACUCCACACUGUCCGCGAGCAACGUGGCGUCCUGUGUGAUCCCGCAAUGUCAACAGGACUUAACGCUCCCAACGCCAAGUUUUGUGUAGUCGGAAAGUCAUUUCUUCUUUGAUUGACGUGAUAAAACGCAGGAUCCAACAAUUGUAUGUAAAAACUACCUAUAUAUCAUGUGGCGUGUCGGUGUGAUAUUCAGCAGUUCCACGCUCCCUCUUCAAGCUGUUUGUCCUCCAGCUGAACAAAAAAAAAAUCUUUAUAUAAUAAUAUAUUAAAAGAGUGUAUAUAUGUGUUUUAUAUAGUGUACAUUUGCCUGUAUAGACGUUUUAACUGUAAUGUGUUUUGCAUUUGAUGUUUUUUUUAGCAGGUUAUUUUCAAACUAAUAUGCGUUUGUAUUAAAGUGUUGGACACUACGGA